AUGUUUCCCUACAGGCUCCCCCUCUUUCGACCCCUGGUCCUGUCUAGUGCUCAGGAACAGGGUGUCACUGUACCGGGGGAGCCUAGCUCUCCAAUAUGUCUCUUUGGUAAACCCACGAUGCUUGCUGCCCGUGGCUCUUGGAAUAACCACACUCCCACCCCUGUCGGUUCAUCCCAGGUCCCGGUCGAUGACCCGCCCUUCCUAUCGCCGCCUCUUCUGGGCGCUGCUCAGAAUGGGCGGGUGAACUCCGCUAUUCUUGUGGCUGCUGCUGCGGUUCGUAUUGAACCAGCCGGCUGGCUAGCUGUUUGCUGUACUUCGUACCAAACUUGCUCGCAUCUGCGUCCCAGUUCUGUUAGUCCCCGUCUGCGAGGGGCAAGGGACCCGGUUCCCCCAGUCCAAUUCGAACCAGUCCACCACUAA